GUACUUUACAGUUCCAUCGACGAUGAAACAUCGAGCAAAUAUAAGGCCUGCAGGUGUUAAUUAACAAUAUUGAAUGUGUAAAAUAUCUAAUGCAUACUUGCGAUGUACCAUGAUGCAAACAAAAAGCCAGCUGUUGUCCAAGAUCAAACACAAGUGCCACGUAUAAAAAGGAACGCCGAGUAAUCUAUAGCAUCCAGUUUGCAAUUUCUUCUGGACACCUGAAUUACGAUGAUCAAGAUGAUGAAGUUAGCCAUUCUGCUCGUCGUUGCCACUGUUGCUAAACAAGCAUACGGCGAUGAACCGGAAGCUAUCGUGGGUGGGAAAGACGCCAUGCCUGGUCAAUUUCGAUGUCAAGUUUCUCUUCAAGUAGAUGAUUUUCAUAUGUGCGGGGGAUGUCUUAUCAAUAAGACCCAUGUCGUUACCGCUGCUCAUUGUGUUGAUGAUCCCGAUUAUGUCAAUACUAUGACUGUUGUAACGGGAACCAUCAAUUGGAAAGGCGGCGAGAGACACAAAAUCAAGUACAUUCGUCCGCAUCCUGGCUACACUGGUAACGAAGAAGAUGCUUUGGCGAAUGAUAUCGCUAUAAUCACUUUGAAAUGGCCGAUCGAAGUAAACGCGUACCAAGGUCCGAUUCCUCUAGCGGAUUUGGAUUACGCCACUGGUAAUUAUCGCGGUACAGUGAGUGGAUGGGGAAAGACUAGCGAAAAUUCGCGAUCAGCUUCAUUGUAUCUACAAUGGAUGGAGACGAACGUUUUGAGCACGGAGCGCUGCAUGAGCGAACAUACAGAUCCUCAAACCACUGUACGUCAUAUAUGCGCUCUAGAGAAGAGUGGGAAAGGCAUUUGCAAUGGUGACAGCGGUGGUCCGCUUAUUGUCAAUGGCCAGCUCUGUGGAGUCGUUUCUUGGGGCGUGCCUUGCGCUAUGGGUAUAUCUGAUGUAUUCACGAAUAUUUACCAUUAUCUGCCGUUCAUCAAGGAAAGCUAAGACCUGUAUUGAUUCAAAUAAUCACAAUCGACUAGCAACUUAUAUUCCAAACAUUUUUUAAGUUCUCAAUUACCAUACAUGAGGCAUAGCACAUUUAUCAUCAAUAUCUUUGCCAUAAUAUAUGACUUGAUAUAAAAGCAUAAGACAUAAAACAAUAAAGAUAUCAUGCAGAAUAAAUUUUAUGCGU